AGUUAUAUUGUCGAACGGACAGUCUGUAUUAGGUGCCAGGGUUUUUAUGUUUAAGUUUAACCUUCGUUCGUUUUUUACCAAAGAAUGGGAAUUUCUCCGCCUUUCAGCGUCCUUUAUCUUCAUAACGGGUGUGUAUAGCCUGAUGGCGUUUAUAACCCUGGUCUUUGCUGGUCAGAUGAACCAGGCUCACUUGGCAGGGGUGGGACUAUCUAACACGCUCUUCAAUGUUGCUGUAACUUCAGUUUCCUCCGGAUACUCCUCUAUAUUUGACACAUACGGGCCCCAGGUUCAUGGCUCUGAGAAGAAAUCUGAGUUAGGGAAUGUUCUCUUCAAAUGCCUACUACAGGGCACCCUGGUCAACUUAAUUAUCGCGGGUCCAUAUCUGAACUUGGUGUUCAUCAUAGACCUGUUACCUGAUUCAGGGUUGUACUCGGACACACCUGAUCUAAGUGAUCCAGGAGAGGAUUAUAGAGAUAUAGCUGUUGCUUAUCUGAGAAUGACUUUGGUGGUGGAGAAUCUAGAUUACACCCUGGUCAUGAUUUGUAAGUACUUUGCUAUCCAGGGGUACGACAAGUUCGUGUAUUUAGUCACUGUUGUGAUGGUUGGAUGUCAUAUCCUCUUUAACUACAUUCUAGUGACGGUAUUUCAGCUUGGUGUUUACGGGUUAAGCUUGGCUGCUAUCUUAGGACGACUGUUUCCGCUUUCAGUGUCGUUGUCAGUUUGUUUCAUCAUGGUGAGGAGAGGUAAAUUUUCUUGGAACGGGUUUUCUACUCGUGCCCUGUUAGGCUGGGGACCAAUGGUUAAACUGGGCCUGGCUGGAGCUAUCGAGUGUUUUGCAGAAUCUUUCCUUUAUGAGAUAGCAGUUUUCUUGAGUCAGUUCGACGGGGCGGAUGCUUUAUCUGUGGUAAUCAUAAUGUAUCAGCUAACAAUCAUUUGGUGGGCCGUAGCGUAUGGUAUGGCCCGAGCAUCAGCUACUCUCAUUGGGAUGGCUUUGGGAGAGGGAGAUGCAAAUAAAACACGAUACUUUAUGAAGCUAUCUCUUCUGAAUUCAAUUUUAGUAUCCACAACGCUUGCUUUCAUUUGCUAUUCCUUUAGAACCGAAGAAGUUCUGAUGUUUUCCUCCGAUGGUGACGUUAAGGAUUUAUUUUUGGCAACGAUUUGGGUAGCUUACUUAGGUAUUCCUGUAAAUAACAUGCAAGUUUCUCUCAACCAAGGGAUCCUCGUAGCUUUUGGUGCCCAGGAGUACACAGCAUGGUCUAUGAGUAUCGUCUGUUAUUUGAUCGGACUACCAAUAAUACUAAUAACCAUAUUUCUAUCAGACUUAAGAGUUUCUGGUAUUUUCUUGGGGGCCAUCGUAGUGGACGUUACUAUGAUCGUGACGGCUUCGGUGAAGAUUUGGACGGUUGACAUCGACAAAGAAAUUACCAAUUCUAAGGAGAGAGUGGACAAAGGCAAUUCACGUGAUUGCGAUGCCGGAACAGAAACUUCAGUCAAUGAAAUCUACGAUAACCUGACAUGUUCUGUGAAGUAUGAUGCAAAUGAAAAGACUGCUCUGGUUCAAGCACAGGACACUGCUACGAAUGAUUACAAAGCUAGUGAUCCUAAUGAGGAUAUUUUGGAAGACUUGCUUGAGGAGGAUCAGAGUAGAGAUCCUAACGCUGAUUUGAAGGAAAUAAGAAACGUUUUACUAGCUUUCAUUGCAGCUGUUUUAUUCUGUGUGAGUUUAGCUGGGAUUUCCUUGAUCAGACAAUAAACUGGGCUUUGUUCAAAUGACUUGAAUGUUAAACCUCGGGUGCUGAUGGUGAAUUUAGAUAUUUCGAUUGGGACGUCUUAUAUUCGAAGGUAUAUGAUUAUUUGAGGUGAUUUGGUUCUGAAUCUGUACGUCAAAUCUAUUGAGGUGUCAUAACUUCCAUUAUUGUUAUCGCCGAUGUUUCAAUUUUUCAAUACCGAUGACAAU